AUGGCUCUCAUUACCCUGCCGCCGGAGCUCAAGCUAAACAUAGCUGACAGCUUGGACCCGGACUCGACUCUCAAUUUCGCCCUUACCUGCAAAGACCAUGCGACACUACUCAAAUCACUGUUGGGACAGCAUGCACGACUACUUGCGGAAUGGAAGGUCAUCGACACGACCGGUGCUCGGUGGUACAUCAGGGAACUCAAUCUUCCAGAAAGCCGGCAAUACAAUUGGAACGCGAACGAGAGUUUGCACGUUUCCCACCCAAAGCAUGGCGUCGUGCCAUCCGAAGAAGACAAGGCCUUGUUCAUUGAGGCAGCAAGGGGGCUGCAGGAUCUAUAUCCGGGGUUCGGCGUAGAUGAAUUGAACAUGCAGAGACGAUACUCUCAUACCAUCAACUUUUCACCUCGCCCGUACGACACGAUUGGAUCUAUCGAAGAUCGAAUUCACGCUGGCUUCGAGGACGCCAUAAUCGCAAUCCUUCUGCACUAUCUACCUUAUCUCACGACCAUCAGACAUUCAGAGGUCGACAGGGAAGACUGUCUGGAACUUGUUCUAUGGCAGAUCGCAUUAGGAUACAAGAACCCGGUCAUGGCACCAAAGCUUCCCUUACAACAUCUCAGGACGGUCGCCGUGCGUUACGCUCUGGACGAAGGAAGCAGCUCUCCUGAUUGGGUGUGUUUUUAUGCCAGUAUCCCUUCGGUAAAGACGUUUGUAGGGCAAGCAAUGGGUGGUUCGCCUAGCGAGGACGUCCUACGCACUUUAUUCCCCACAAGUGCUGCUCCAUGCUCUAACGUGGAAGAGCUAUUCUUCAGACAUAGUGUCUUCGAUGUGGAUGGCUUGGCAACCAUACUCGCGAACAUUCGGCAUCUGAAGAAGCUAACGUAUAACGGUGGUGAUGCUCUGGUGUCCGAUUCGAGCUGGUACGAACCAAAAAAAGUCAUCCGAGCAGUUGCUACACACGCCGGCCGCUCGUUGGAGGAGCUUGUUCUCAGCGAGGAGGACACGGAUAGUGAACCUCCCGAGGAUGGCCCGGCGAUUGUGUCUCUCCGAAGUUUCCAGAAGCUCCGCGUACUCCACUGUGAGUGGCGCAUGCUUCGCCCCGACAUGGCAAAAGAGGAAGACCCUGAACGCGAUGAGCCGCUAGAACAAGGCUUUUACCGAAAGGAAGAUUACGAACAGAUUGAUGUCGACUUCGACGUAAGAAGCCUUCUCCCAGAGUCCUUAGAAGAGCUUUUUAUGAACGGCGAUUUCGACGACUAUGAUGAAUGGGAGCACAUGGAAGAUACAGUCAAGGCCUCAAGCGCCUUCACGCCACGCCUGACUAUGGAUAAGACCUGUAUUAAGAGAGGAGGUUAUUGGAGUGAUCAAAUCGGUACCGCAGAGGAACCGGAUGGAGCCUGGUCUCAUCCGCUCGGCCGCCUUUUCGAAGGUCAUCAUGGUUAA